AUGGCUGGUGGCUUUCUUCCAUACCACGAACCUGGAAUUGUUGAGAUCCUCAUCAUCAUCUCUUUCUUCUUUUUCCUUUCUCUUGCAAAAUGGGUCUCCGCAAAGGUGAUUCAAGCGGGCAUAAUAGGUCAAAUCGCCGUCGGCAUCAUCUAUGGCGUACCAUUGGCCAAUAUUCUUGAACAUACCUGGCAGGAGACUUUUCUUGCCUUGGGAUAUGUCGGUCUGAUUCUGAUCAUUUUUGAAGGCGGCCUUGGCGCUCGUGUGGAUCUCCUCAAACAAAACUUCGCAUUGAGCAUGGUCGGUGCAGCAACUGGGGUUUGUUUUCCAAUUGGUCUAUCGUACCUUUUGCUCUAUCUUGGGUUUGGAUAUGGAGCGGUGGAGACUUUCAUUAUCGGCGCAGCCCUUUCCGCUACUUCAUUAGGAACAACAUUUGCUGUGAUUGGGUCUGCAUCUAGUUCAAUUAAUCUCUCCCAGACUCGUGUAGGGUCUGUCCUGGUAAGCGCAGCUGUCAUUGAUGAUGUAGUGGGACUUGUUAUGUUGAGUGUCAUUGGCGACCUGGGCAAACUUUCCACAGAGGACCAUGUCAACCUAGGAUGGCUUAUCGGACGUCCGAUAGUAGCAUCGAUCGCCAUGGCCAUCGUGACUCCUAUCGUCACCAAAUGGCUUUUUGCACCUCUCUUCCGCAGAUACAUUGAACAUCAUUUCGCGCGCUUCGAUCAUAUCUCAAACAUCAUCUUGAUGACCCUUGUGCUUUCGGCUUUCAUCACGAUUGCAGGUUUCACUGGAACGUCGGUCCUGUUUGGUGCUUUCCUCGCGGGCGUGUUUCUAACUUAUCUUCCGAGCAAGCGUCCUGAAGGUCCGUUUGUUGUCAUGAGCCGCGAGGAAGGCGAGCGCGAGGCGGAUAAGAGUCCCACCUUCGUUCAUACCUUUGAGAAAUACCUCCUUGGCCCUCAGGAGUAUUUGAUGGAGCCUUUGUUUUUUGCAAGUAUUGGAUUUGCGAUACCGUUCGUACAAUUGUGGACGGGGAAACGGAUUUGGAGAGGUGUCGUGUACACUCUUCUCAUGGCAUUUGCAAAAUGUGUCGUCGGCAUAUGGAUACCUGUAUGGCAACUCUCUACCCGGCGGCGAUCUCACAAGAAUGCACCCGAAAUGGAGAAAAGCCAAGCGCAGCCAGAGAGUGAAGAAACGAGCAAAGCCCGCGACGAAGGACGAGGCGAGAACACCAAUGGGCACAGAUGGAACCGCGCCUUGCUCGCCGCGGUACUUUUAGGAUCAGCAAUGGUAGCCCGGGGGGAGAUUGGCCUAUUGAUUAUUGAAAUUGGACACAAUGAGACUCCGUACGUUAGUGACGAGGGCUUUUACACUGGUGUUUGGGCUAUUUUGUUGAAUACCAUCAUUGGUCCGGUGACGGUAGGGCUUCUAGUUCGGUUUUACGCGGAAAGGAUUGGCGAAGGAGAAUGGGGCUUGCAGGAACCUGCUGAGCCCGUCUCAAGUCAGGCGACUAUGAAUGGAGCCGUAUAA